GAGAUUUCGGCAAAAAGGGCGAGCGUGACUGGAGAAUAUCAGGGAAAAUUUUUCGGAGAAAGAUGGUGCCAUCACUGGUUGAUCUCUGUGUCAAGAAAUGGAUCGAUAAUGUAUGGAGUCUGGCAAAUGUUGGUGAAAUCGACGAGUAUCUUCUCGACUUGAUGUUGCCUCUCUGCUCUGUGGACCAGUUAAAGUAUGUGGAAGGGGCUACUAAAGUUUCGCAGGAAAUAGAUUUGAGUUCGGUAACGGAUAAAUUGUGGAGGACGUUUUAUGAGGCGCGCUUUGGUAACACCGAUGGAGUGAUUGAGAAAAUGAGAGACAACAAAAUUCCAUUCAAAUGGAAGCAAGCGUAUGAGUAUAAAGAGGAGGAGAUUAAAGCUCGGGAGAAAACGAUGCGACUGCUUCUCAAGAAGGACGAAUAUGAUUAUUGUGGAGCUGGCUACAAUAGAAUGAAUUCACUGGCCAGGGAAGAGAUAGACUCUCUAAACAGUGAAGAAGAAGAAGAUGAUGAUGAUGAUUAUGAUGAUGAGGUGGUGGUGGAUGAAGAAUCUGAUGUUGAAGGAGAGGUUUCUGUUGAAGAGGUAGAGGAGGAUGAAGAAACUGAAACUGAUAUUGAAGAAGUUGUAGAGAAAGAGGGAGAAGUUUCUGCUGAAGAGGUAGAGGAAGUGGAAGAAGAAGAACAAACUCAGAUUGAAGAGGGAGAAGAUGAUAGUGAUGAGAGUGAAGCAGGGCAAGAAGAUUGUGGUGGUGGUGAUUGUGAUGAUGAUGGCUAUGAUGACGAUUAUUAUGAUGAUGACUACGGCUACGAUGAUGAUUAUGGAUGUGAUUACGAUUGUGAUGAAUAUUAGCUUCCUGUGAUAAACCUCUUGGAUAGACCUAAAGCUUUCAUGUUAGUUGUUGUUGUUGUUUUUUUUUUUUUAAUAUUGUAAAUACAAAUUAUGCCGCUGACUAAUUUUUUUAGAUUUUUCACUUGAAGGUAAGUAAUACAAGCUUGUUAAGA